GUUGGAUUCUUAAUUUUUCUUAGCCAAAGAUCUUGAUUCAUUGAUGAAAUAUAUUUUCUGCUUCUGCACUUGUUUUUGUUUGUCAUACUACGUAAUAUGUAUCAUCACUUUGUUUUGGCAUGGAUCAGAUACGAUGAUGCAUGAUUUGUCAUGACAAGCAUACAGUAUAUUCUUUUCCAGCAUUUGAUUCGCACUCAACGAGCUGGCUUUCAGGUCGAGUGUGUGAGAAAAACUUCCGCGCUUGUUCCCAGCACAUUACUCCUGAGGAAGGGAUGGAUUCAAAAUAGUCGACAUCCAAAAGAAAUAUACUGAACAACUUCAUCACAUCCAGAAGACACAAUGAAUCACCCUUUUUCAAUGGCAUUGCGACCUUCAUCUUUCAUGAUCCUACUGGCAUAUGGUGCACUGAUAGCUCUGGUCACAUUGACGCCAUGUUGGUAUGUGAUGGUCACACAUAUGGCGAAACGAGCAAAUUUAAACUCAGAAAUCAUGGUGUCCCAUUUGCAAUCAGAAAUUGAGUACUCAGUUGAACUGUUACAACCAAUGAAAUCAUCAUCAACAAAUCUAGCAAGAUUAUUGAGUUCAGCUCUUGACUCAACUAAUACCUCUUCCUCUGAUAUUGGCACCAAGGUGGCUCCAUUAUUAUUUCAAGCAUUUGAGACAGUUCCUCACUUGACCCAAAUCUCAUACAUUGGAUUAGAAGGUCUCUUUUUCUCAUUCUACAAUGAUCAUGAUCAAACUCUAGCAAUGUACUCUAACUCAUCAUCAUCUUUGGCUUCAAGUGGGGGUGUCUCAAAUAAGACCUUAUACUAUAUUCAACCAGUGAACAAUGAAACUGGAGAGGUUUAUGGGGAAGCUGUGAUAUCUAACUCCUCUAUCAAUACAAGCUGGAUUGCAGAAGCACUUAAUGCUUCACAUGGAUAUGCCUCAUUGGGAACCAAGUGGGGCAAUGACCAUGAUCUUUUGUUCCUCAGUUCAGCAAGAAUCACAAGAACGGGGGUGAUCUCUCUUGGGUUUUCAGCAAAAGCAAUAACUGAUUUUAUCACUCGCCUUGAUCAUCAAGGCAUAACCUCAUAUUUGGCUACCAAAAAUGGAAAAGUUCUUGCAGAAGGGAUUCAACAUAGAAGUUUGGUCAUUUCUAACCAAUCAGGGAAUGCAAAUGGGGAUCCAAUAAGGAAUGAAGGCAGUGUCUCGUGUAAGGAGGAAGCUGUAGGUUCUAUCUUGAAUUUUCAGGAUGCUAACUAUUUGAUUCACUGCUACCCAAUUGAUAUUAUGGGAAUAGAAUCGGUGUAUGUUUUGGCUAUCCCACAAAAUGGAUUUCUCAGCUUUGAUCUAAACUACCAGAAAAAGGGGUUGACACUGUUGAUUGUUAUGAUGGUCAUGACAUUUGUGGCUAUCUUUAGUUUUCUAUUCAUAAAUGUUAAAACCACAAGGCGAGAAAUGCAUUUGUGUGCCUUACUCAUCAAACAUAUGGAAGCCACUCAACAAGCUGAACGAAAGAAUAUGAAUAAAAGCCUUGCUUUUGCUAGUGUCAGCCAUGAUGUUCGCACUUCUCUUGCAGGCCUUACUGGUUUGAUAGAAAUGUCUAAUGAGUUAGCUGACCAUGGUUCAGAAUUGGAGACUAAUCUAAAACAAAUGCAGGAUUGUACCCAAGACUUACUAGGACUAUUAAACUCUACACUUGAUGCAAGCAAAAUUGAGUCGGGAAAAAUGCAACUUGAGGAAGAGGAAUUUGAUAUAUUCCAUCUCCUUGAAGAUGUCGUUGAUUUAUACCAUCCUGUGGCCAUGAAGAAAGGUGUAGAUCUUAUAUUUGACCCUUGUGAUGGUUCAAUCAUCAAAUAUUCACAAGUGAAAGGUGACAAGGGAAAGCUUAAGCAAGUUUUGUGUAAUUUACUGAGCAACGCUGUCAAAUUUACUGAUGGAGGGCACAUAACAGUUCGGGCAUGGGCUCUGAAGCCAACAUUAGAGAGCUCAAUGAUCAAGACUAAUCAAUAUAGUGUCACAAAACGUUUAUCAUGGUUAUUUAAUAAGAAAAAUGAAGCACAUGAGGACCUUGAAGCAGCCAUGAAUUCAACCCAACAAGAUUUGAAUUAUAUGGAUUUUAUGUUUGAAGUGGAUGAUACAGGAAAAGGAAUUCCCAAGGAGAACUACAAGUCUGUGUUUGAGAAUUAUGUUCAAGUCAAAUAUACUCAGGGAGGAACCGGGUUAGGACUUGGGAUUGUGCAGUCUUUGGUGCGUUUGAUGCACGGAGAUAUUGGAAUUAUGGACAAGGAUAUUGGAGAAAAAGGAACGUGUUUCAGGUUCAAUGUGCUCCUCACAUUAUUUGAGAGUGAGACAGUGAACGAUGCUAGCGCAAGGGAAUAUCUUCAGCAAGGAUCAGGUGACAAGACCCAAGCUUCAGUGAGAACCAUUCAUACUACUAGUUCUGCUUCAAGCAUCUUUUCUGUGAGUCCCAGGUUACAUAUGUGCAGCUCUAGUCCUAGGCCUGAGGCUUCCCGUGUUGUUCUUUUGAUUGGAGACGAGGAGCGCCGAAGGACUUGUCAGAGGUUCAUGGAAAGCUUAGGGAUUAAAGUCAAGGUUGUGAAGAAUUGGAAAAAUCUCUCUAAUACUCUCGAGAAGAUCAAACAGAAGUGUUACCGUUAUAAUGGCCAAAGUUCUUCAGAUUCUUCCAGUUUGAGUUCUCGGUCCACACCUCAUAAUUCUUCUGCUAAAGCUAGAGGAGUUCCUUUGAGUUCUAUGGAUGGAAUUGAGUAUUUACCUUCAGUGUUCAAGAAGACAGAAAUUGGAGUUGCCCCGGGUUUCAUCUUGAUUGUCAUUGAUGCAAAUGCAGGACCAUUUUCUGAAUUUGAUAUGAUUGUAUCCAACUUCAAGAAAAACAUUUCCAACCCUUGUAAGGUUGUUUGGUUGGAUAAACCACUUAUGCGUAGUAUCAACCUCGAAACACACAAUCAAGAUGACAUCAUAUCCAAACCGUUUCAUGGUAGUCGUUUAUUCCAAGUUAUAAAGCUUCUUCCUGAGUAUGGUGGUACAUGGAAAACAAAUUUAAGUAAAGCUCAGAGAGAAAGAACUCCUGAUAUAGCUGGAAGUACUUGUAGUAGAGACUCAAGUUUAUCAAGAUACCACUCUCCUCAGUUGAUGGACAGAUCACAAGUAUCUCCACCUGAUGAAAGUCCAUGUCCAAGUGUUGAACAAGUUUGCAAAGGAACUCAGAAAUCCUAUGGUGGAAAGUCUAUUGUUAAUCAAGGAGAAAUGCAAGAGUGUGGAGACUCAAGCAACGAUAACCAGCCUUUAAGGGGCAAGAAAUUUUUGGUUGUUGAGGACACUAAAGCGUUAAGACAUUUAGCUUUGUUUAAAUUGAAGUCCCUUGGUGCAGCUACAGAGGAAUGUGACAAUGGUGAAAAGGCAGUGCAGCUAGUUAAGAAAGGUCUAGCCAAACCUCCCUAUGAUUGCAUCUUAAUGGACUGUCAGAUGCCAGUGAUGGAUGGGUUUGAGGCAACAAGACAGAUACGAGAGAUGGAGAAGACCUAUAGUGUUCACAUUCCGAUUAUUGCAUUAUCUGCUGACAAAAUAACGACAGAGACUGGAAUGGACUUUCAUUUAGUUAAGCCCUUUGAUAGAGAGGAUUUAAUUGAAGCCAUCAGAUACAUACAGAGAAAGGAGUUAUGUGCAUCUUAGAGUUAAGAGGCUAUGGCUUUUGGACCUUGUAUUGGAGGAAAACAUGUUUUAAUUUUGGAAUUUAAAUUUGGUUCUAUAAAAUUCUGACUGUUGCUAUCAUGGUUUUUUCCUUAGUGACAUAGAACAUAUCGAAGUGAGUAUUAUAGUGGAUAUUUAAGCAGUCAGAAGAGUAUUUUAAGAAGAAUGUGUUUGGAAAAGUGGCCUGAAAACUACAAUCAACUGAACUGAAUUGUUGAAUUAAAUAAGUACAAAAAACCUGAAAUUUUCAUAGGUUUUGUCAAUAAUUAUAUGCAUAGCUACUGUCCAGCUAGUCCUUUUCCUUGUUUCAAAAACUACCUUAAAUAAUUUCAAUCCACAAGCAUGAUCAU